AUGCCCGUUCCCUUUUAUAAGCCUUCCGAAGCGCCAGAUGGUGUAUUUGAAGGCGAGAUGCUUCCAGUUGCUAAAGCCAACAUCUUGGAGAGAUUUCUACAUACAUGGAUUACUCCCAUGUUAAAGGUCGGCUAUUCUCGAGCGUUACAAGUGGAAGAUCUCUGGAUGCUUCCAGAGGAGGGGAAAUGUGAGACGAACGCAGAAAGACUUCACAACCAAUUCAUGAGGAGAAUGCCUCCAUCUCGUCGUUUUAUGGCUCAUAAUACAGAAGAUGUCGCUUUCAUCGUUACAGAUGGAAAUGAUCACGAGAAAGACCUCAGUACUUCUGUUCCUCCCGUUCACCAGCCGGAGAGCUCUUCCAUUCCCCAAGUUUCUUCCCAAACACCUUCAAAACCCAUUCUAAAGCUGGGAGAGUCUGAUCCUGAGCACUUCAAACUAUACGGAGCAAAGAAAGCUGAAAAGAUCGCGUAUGAUGAGCUUGCUAUCGAAGACGGGAAGGAAUACGAUAUGAGCCUUGGAAAAGCGAUUUAUUUUACUUUCUCGCGCCCGUAUUGGACCGCAGUCGCGCUUUCCAUUGCUGGCCAGGGAUUGCGAGUUACAGCACCUUUGAUCACCAAGAGGCUGAUCGAACAGAUAAGCAGAGCUCAUAAUUUACAUACCGCGCAACAAGACGGACUGUCCACUGACGGAAUGGUGCCACCUAAAAGUACUGCCUAUGGAAUUGGAUUAGCGAUUGGCUUAUUCUUAAUGCAGUAUGCGGCUAGUCUUCUAUUCUUCAAGGGGGAUCAAACUGAACUUGUGAUGGGAUCACAACUCAGAAUUGCGCUUGUAAACUUGAUAGCGCGCAAGUCUAUGCGGUUGUCGGGGAAAUCACGCACGGAGAUGACGAAUGGUCGUCUGUUCACCUUGGUCUCUACCGAUUGUGCAAACAUCGAUUGGGCAAUGACAACAAUGGCCAAUCUUAUGAUAGAUCCGUUGACGAUAACUUCAGGUGUUGCCUUGCUCAUAUGGUCUCUUGGGUACUCGGCCUUAGUAGGCGUUGCAGUCCUAGCCUUAGCAGGACCGGCUCAAUGGUAUAUGAUCAAUCUCUUCCUGGCAUUUACUACGCGACAGGAACAGUAUACCGAUAAGAGGGUUCGGCUUCUCACUGAAAUCCUAAGCAAUUUCAGAGCUGUCAAAGUAUAUGCGUACGAACGAUACUUUGGCGAUAAGGUAUCAGAGAUCCGAAGAGAAGAAAUACGCAAUCUCCGUAACAAGAGUUUGCUCACAGCUACCAUGACAGCGAUGCUGAAUGUGAUCCCAACUUUGGCAGCCAUUCUGACAUUCGUAACAUAUGGAUUGACCGGACACGAUUUGAACGCUGCUGUCAUCUUCUCUGCUCUGCAAUGGUUUUCAGUUAUCAGAGUACCAAUCAAUUUACUUCCUAUGACAUUUGCUGCUCUUGGAGAUAUGGCGGUAGGACUAAGCCGUGUUGGUCGAAUGCUAAAAGCUGAAGAACUUGUCGAUACACUUGACAUCGAUAAAAAUACCGAAUUUGGUAUAGAGGUACAAGCGGAUUUUCAAUACGACGCAUCGCCAAAAUUUAAGGGUGACGUCAAAAGCAAUUCCAAAAUCGAGGACAGCUCUGAGAAUAGGAGUGGCACGAUAACAAAAAAAGACAAAGCACGAAAGAGUAGAGAUGCCGAUAUUGAAAAGGAGAAACAGAAGAGAAGAAGGAGACUAGGACUAGCUAUGGACGUGGAUUCUGAUGAGAAAGAUCUGGAUGUGCCUUUCUCUCUACAUGGCUCCCUUGUUUGCAUCGUUGGCCGUGUCGGAACUGGAAAGUCUACUUUGCUACAUGGUUUGAUCAAUGAAGUCAAGAAACUUCGUGGUCAUGUCAAGUUUGGCGGGAGUGUCAGUUUUGUUCCUCAACAACCGUGGGUUCAGUCUGGGUCAGUUCGUGACAAUAUCACUUUCUCAUCGAAAAGUGAUGAAGUCGAUCAGGAGCGGAUUGACGAAGCGAUCUCUUCUUGCGCAUUGAGCGGAGAUAUAGAUAUGUGGGAACACGGUGAUCAAACCAAGAUUGGUGAAAAGGGGAUUACUUUAUCUGGUGGUCAACGACAAAGACUUUGUCUCGCUAGAGCCGCUUAUGAUGAAUCCGAGAUUGUUCUUCUUGACGAUCCACUAUCAGCUGUUGAUGCAGGUGUUGGACAUCAUCUAAUGGAAAAUUGUAUUCUCAAUGGGCCUUUCUCCAAUCGUACUAGAAUCUUGGUUACUCAUCAUUUAGAUGUUCUACCUAAGGCGGAUUUAGUAUUGGUCAUGGACCGAAUUGGAGACAAUGAAGGUCGUAUAGUUCAAUAUGGUACAUACUCAGAACUGCGAAAUCAAGAGGGUAUAUUCUGUACUUUGAUGGAAGAAUUUGGUGCGAUUGAAAAACGUGAAGAUGAGAUCAAUUGUAAGGAGGAUAUCGACACGACAAUCAAAAGCGAAUCCAAAGCACCUAAAGAAGCUCCGGAAGAGGUUCUACAGUCUGCUGGAGAUGACGAAGAGAGAUCCUCAGUUCUCAGAGAAAAAGGUGAAGCUUCAAAAGUCUUUAUUGACGAGGAAAGGAUCACUGGCAAUGUCACUUGGUCGACGUAUCUUGCAUAUUUCCAAGCUCUCAAUUCACCAUUUUACAUUAUUCUUUGUGCCAGUUUUCUUUUUCUAACUCAAGCUUCAGCAGUCGGAAAUUCCCUUUUCUUAGGUUUCUGGUCUGGGUCAACUAUAAAAGGAUUUUCCCAAGGGGACUAUAUGGGAGUCUAUGGUGGUCUCGGAGCUUCACAGGCAACAGCAAAUUUUGCAACAGUGUUCGCUAUUGCAUUGGCAGGUAUGAGAGCUUCUUUCAAUCUUUUCAAUGGCGGUUGGGCAGCAGUCAUGAGAAGUCCCACAACUUGGCAUGACCAAACUCCUACUGGUCGUAUCAUCAGUCGACUUUCCAGCGACGUCCGGAUACUCGAUGACCGUUUCACCUCCAUCUGGUAUCAGUUACUGAGUAACACAUUGAUCAUCUUGGGGACUAUGGGUCUUAUCAUUUACACUUAUCCUUGGUUGGGAUUGAUGUUUAUCCCGCUUGGAUUUGCUUUUUAUCUAUGUGCAGCGUUCUAUACUAGGACAUCACGAGAACUGAAGCGGGUUCAAUCAUUGAUUCGCAGUGGAUGGUAUACAGCGUUUAGCGAACAGCUCUCCGGACUGGCUGUCAUAAGAGCCUUUGGCCAGCAAAACAACUUUCAACGUCGACUACAGGAAGCUAUCAAUAGGGAACAGCAAGCAUACAUUCUGACGGUCACAUGCCGAUUCUGGCUCUCUGUGCGACUGGACUUGAUGAGUCAGACAAUCAUCCUUCUUAUUGGAAUUAUCGGUGUGGUCAACCGAGAAACUGUUUCACCUGAGAAAUUUGGUGUUGUCCUCACUUAUGCUCUUUCUACAGCCUACAUCUUCACCCUUUUCGUUGGUCUUUGGGCAGAGUGUGAACAAGAAAUGAAUUGCGUCGAGAGGUUGAAUCAUUACAAUACACUCUCAUCCGAGGCUCCAGCUUUAUUCCCCUCCGAUCCAGAUACCUCCGAGUGGCCUUCGAAUGGGUCGUUGGUAUUUAAGGAUGUCAGCUUGAGAUAUCGUCCAGAAUUACCACUAGUCUUGAAAGAGCUUAGCUUCACUAUCAAAGCAGGAGAGAAAGUUGGGAUCAUAGGUAGAACAGGUGCUGGAAAAAGUAGUGUUGCUCAAGCUUUAUUUAGGUCUGUUGAGAUUGAAACUGGUUCGAUCGAGGUUGAUGGUGUGAAUCUUAAGCAAAUUGGGCUAGAGACGUUAAGAUCAAGAUUAGCUAUAAUACCUCAAGACGCUUUUCUGUUUGCGGGAACCAUUCGUGAUAAUCUUGAUCCAUCAUCAUCACGCACCGACUCUGAAUUGAACGACGCUUUGAACUUGAUCCGAAAUCAUCCUAGAGUAUCCAAAACGUUACGUGAGAAAUUGAAGCUUGAUUCAACUGUUGCUCCUGAAGGAGCUAAUUUCAGCGCAGGUGAAAAACAGCUUCUAUCCAUGAUUAGGGCAUUAUCAAGGAGAUGUAAAAUCUUGUUACUUGACGAAGCCACUUCUUCAGUCGAUCCAGAGACAGAUUCUUUAAUUCAAGGUAUCAUCCAAACUGAAUUUUCAGACGUAACCCUUUUAUCAAUUGCACACCGCCUCCAGACAGUUGCGUACUACGACAGGAUUCUAGUCCUUGAUAAAGGUCAAGUUAUUGAAUUUGAUACUCCUUUAACAUUGUUUGAUAAUCCCAAUUCCAUCUUCAGAGAUUUGUGUGAUAAAAAGAACAUUCGUCGAGAAGAAUUGAUUCGUAUAAAAGAAGAAGCCACACUAAUUAGACAAAUCAACGGAUAG